AUGAAAUCGAAUUUCGUCACUCACUCUUCUGCUUUCUUUUGUUUUGGCCAGAUCGGAAGGCCAGAGAAGAAAACUUUCACCCGAGCAUUGAUCUCGGCUGCUCGCAUGCCAACAAUGUCUCCUGGGCCGGAUAAGCCCAAGGCGAGACGCACCAAUACACGAAGCCGGACAGGGUGCGUAUCAUGCCGCCAAAAGCACAUUCGAUGCGAUGAGAGGCGCCCAUCUUGCUUCAAUUGUACACUCAAAGAGCAGUUAUGUUCGUAUGUGCCGAAGAUUCCGCUCCGCGAACGUAGAGCCGGCCCUUGCCCUGGUCAACAAGCACCGUGGGCCGUUGAGGAUACACGGCCCAUCACACACCACUCUCAUAGCCACAAGGAGAUUGCCGUAUCAUCAGAGGUGCCAUCUAUCCAAGUGCUCACAAUACCGAGUCCGUUUUAUGUAACUCCGUGGGAAGCCUUUGAUCCCUUCGACACUUUGCCCAUCAACAUGCCUCUCAGGUCGAAGGAACUUCUUCACUACUUCUGCUACCCGGAAAUCCGGAUGAUUGAUGUCCUGCAAAACACGAUAUUGUUAUCCGGUCUUCACUACGCAUGGAAUAAAGGCGAACUCUCUUCAUUUGAAUCCACUUUUGUCUCUCAAAAGAUCCAGAGCAUACGCCAGGUCAACUCUUGGCUUGUCGCAACGCCACACGAACGAGAUAUCAUGCGUGUUGCCUAG